GAGUCGUGACACGGGGCUCUUCAUUUGUUAUCUUGUUCCAUUCAACUUUUGCUUGUUUAUCGUAUGAUAUUUUCCAAUUCCCAUCGCACUCGUGCCGUACGGCCAAGAUGCGACCCGUGACCUUAGAGUCAUUCUAAUAAAUGAACAAGCUGGUCAGGCCUAGGAUCUGGUUUCUGCGACCUCCGGUUGAGUGUUUUUCCAUUUUUCCCCUUUCCUUUCAACCCACAUAUUCACAUCUUCCGCAGCGCGUACGGAGAAAACAGUGGGCCCGGAUACCCCGAGACUUACAGCAACACGCAGGUCAAUCAUCUUUUGCUUUCAACCGCCUCAGUGUCAACAAUUCGUGGUUGGGAAUUGUGGGAAGGCGUAGAGGCUGUUGGGGCCACAAGGGUGAGAAUUGGUGAGAAUUGGAGGGAGAGAGGGAACCGAGGGAGGGGAGCAAACAAUAGGAGCCAACUGAACUCUAUCGUAGGCAGCAACGGUGGACGAAGGAGGGAUGCGCUUGCAAUAUUCUCCCAAAGCGCACUGACUGGCAAUCUUACACAUCGCACUCGCACCCCCGACACCGCUGCACCUAUUGGCCUCCUUGUGCCCGGCUGUCCCUUCCCCCCUAGCAUCAUCAACGACUGACGGACCCGCCGACCGCCCUCUCUCACACCCUUCACACCGGCCUUGUGAAUCACGCUCCCUCACUUGCAUCCGCAUAUCAUAACUCUACGCUCUUUAGUUUCUUUUCGUUUGUAUCCAUCAACUCCAUUCCACUCCGCUCCACCCUUUCUCCAACUCGCUUUGAUAUCUCCAUCGCCCGCAAACAAGGGCCCGUCCACCCCCGCCAAUCACUCAUUUUGGCAGAAGGGUCUCGCUUUGUUUCUUUCGCUCUUUUUCAUUCUUUUUUUUUUUUCCUUUCAUUCUUUCCCUCGAAACAUUCCAACAUAUACCCACUCUCUCCCUUCACUGUUCUAAUCGCAAUCCAUUUCUGUCUUGCCUCUCAUGUCUACCCUCCGGGCUUGGCUGCUUCUUGUAGCAUUGGGAUUUAUGGGGGGACCGGUUGUUAAUGGUAUGUUUUUUUGUUUUUCUCUGAAAAGGAAUAAAAUCUUGCUUUUCAUUCUCUCCACCGAUGCAUAUAUUUAUUCACAUUGGAUUUUAAAGCGGAUUGCGAAUGUGGAUAUUCUUUGAAUUCUACCAUCUUCACGGAUCUCAUCGAGUCGGACUUUACGCUUCCACAAAAUAUCAGUGAUAAUACCGAUUGGGCUCUGCAGGAUUGGCAGGUUGGCAGGGAGGCUUCUAGAGGUCCGUACGGACGCAGGACUCGGUCGCAGAAUGUUGUUUCGAACCCAUCGGUUCAGCAUAAUAUCUCUGCUAAGGGUGUCAAUGGGGACCCUGCUGGUCUGGAAUUGUUUGUGAGGAGACUGGAGGAUGGUGAGGAAGAUAUCAGCGUGGCAGAGGCGGACACGAGGAGGACGGAUAUGAUGUAUGGAACCUUUAGAGCUGGUAUCAAGACUACCAGUAUUAAUGGUACCUGUGGCGCAUUCUUCUGGUGGGUCUUUUUCUCCAUCUGUGAUCAAUGUUUGUCUUGUGUGUGGCCAUCCUAAAGGUUCCCUCAUAGGUACCUGAACGAUACCCAAGAAAUUGAUAUCGAGUUCCUCUCGUCACAGCUUACGCCAACCUCAUCCUCCAUCAAUCUCGUCCUUCACUCCCUCCUGACCCAGGAACGAGGCGGCGACGCCAAAAGCACGCCAACAUUCAAGAUCAUCUCACUGCCAUUCCCAAUGGACCAAGACUUCCACGAAUAUCGUUUCGGUAAUCCCCAACUGGCAUCCCUGUUCAAUACGAGGGAGUAUUCCUCUGCUAAUCAAAUCCUUCGGAUCUCUAGACUGGCAACCGGACAGAGUCAGCUUCUACGUGGACAGCAAGUGGAUGGCCGAUAUAACCAACAGCCAAUAUAUCCCACAGAGCCCGGGGAAGAUCAUUCUUUCCCAUUGGUCCAACGGAAACCCCCUGUGGUCUGGCGGACCUCCGGAGGUGGACGCGAAAAUGACUGUCUCGUACGUUAAAGGUUACUUCAAUUCCUCGCUACCAUCUCGGCAAGAGGACUACAAGAAUCGUUGCAAGGACCGGCGGGGUUCCAAAGCUAUAUGCCCAAUUCCUGAGCAGAACGGGUCGCCAAAGGUUGGGACUGUACACUUCUUUUCGCAGCAACCCGGCACCGACAAGGCACCCAACCAAACAGUCUAUACUGGGAAGCCAAAAACGUCCCUUGGGAGCGGGCCUGCUGCCGGCAGGGAUUGCUGGAUGCUUGUCUGUUCGGUGUUGUUGGCGAGCUUUAUGAGUUUGGUUUUAUAAGAGAUUAGGAGCAAUUAGAGUAAUAACUAUGAGCUGUUUCUUUUCCUCCCUUUCCCUUUUUCCCUUCCUCUUUUAUUUCCAUUUAUGUGGUGUUGGUGCUUUCCUUGCAGUAUGAUUCUGUAUUUUUGUCAUUUUUUUCUUCCUCUUUUCUCUUGUCACGGUAUUCCCUAAAUGAUAACCAAUGAGACGGCAAGCAAGGGGUUUCCUGUAAAAAAAAAAGCUAAUAUCUUUUAUUUAGUGGAUAUUUGCAUCUUGGGGUUUUCUUUUUCAGUCUCACUUCUUUUCUUCCACCGGAGCUUCGGCCACGUCUCGUCUGGCUAACGUCGUGGAUAAUAUUUUUUUUUUCUUCCCUUUUUUCCCCUUGUCACCGCUCGGCUAUAUACCCAACCCACCUGUCCAACCGUGUGUUUUUUCUUCCCCAUUGCGAAUACCCUGUGCGCUAGUCACGGUGGUAUGCGCAAUUAACAGAUGGUGGUAUUCUAACUAUGUAUGGGGCACCUCUGGGCUGUGGGGAGCGGUUGAGAUUGGUGAUAACCCAAUGCGGGGGAUGCCAUAUGAUAGGAUGCUAAGGAAUGUUAUCAACUAUUCGAAGAAUU